UUACUAGAUGGCUGCUGAGUGGCUACUCUGACUGUUUCCUCAUCUGUAAAAUGGGCAUGAUGGUAACACCUAGCUCAGAAAGUGGUUUUAGGAUUGAGUCUGGUUAAGCAGAGCACUUGGCCAUACUGGGCUGGCGACGUGGGAGUGUCAUGGAGAGGGGAUGUUACUACUGCUGAAUGACCACUGGGAUUGGUGGGAAAUCCAGGGUCUAGUGGCUGAGUUGAGUGAGUCAGGAAUAGAGGACCUAUGGCCGAAGGGAGCAAGAUUUGUAAAGGUGGGGUGGAGAAUGUGAUUUAAUAAGUAACACAGUAUUGGGAAAAGGGAAAUUUCCCCCUCUACCCCUCUUGAGUUCUUGGCUGGACUAACAAUAAAAUUGACACAAAACAGAUUAAUAGGAGAAAAAGAAAUUUUAAUCAUGUGCAAGGAGGUCUCGUAGAAAUGGGACCUAAGAAGUGGCCAGAGCAGGCAGCUUUUAUACUUUUUAGACAAAGAAUAAAUUUGUGAGGACUUGACAGGACAAAGAAGCAUAUUUUCGCUGCUCAAUUAGUAAAGAAUCUAAACAGAGUGGGCUUGAGGGUAGUAAAUUAAAGAAUUAACAAGGUUUGUUUAUACAGGCUUCUCAGCCUGAAUUCCCUAUCUCCGGAAAUCAGAGUGUCCUACCUCCAGAUGCAGGGAGUGUACCUUUUGUAUAGAGAUUUAUUGUUUUCAGGGAGACAGAAAGGAGGGUCAGAAUGUCUCUCUUGCAUUGGACAUUACUCAAGUGACUUUAAUUCAAAAUAAUCAACAUGCCACUGAGGCACAUUUUGGGAUGGCCUGCCCUGGGCCCCAACAAUAGCAUUGUUGGUGAACCACCAAGCCUGCUUGCCCCUGGGAAUCUGUGGGUCAGCAGUCUGACUUAAACCUCACGAGGGUUGGAUGGACCCUACCCUACCCUGCCAGCCUGCCUCCUCUGUGCCCAGAGGUUGAAGUCUUCAACCCCACCUCUCCCCAAGCUGAUUCAGCCCCUGGAACUGAGGGCAGAACUGGCUGUGAGUACAAAGGACAGCCGGACGCACAAAUGGGCAGCUACAACUGUGUGCAGCCUGUGGGUGGCCAGUGGGACACCUGUGCCUCUUUAUCUUCCUUCUCCAGUGGCUGCAGAAGAGCCAGGGAGCCUGGCAAAGGUCAGCCAAGAAGGUGCCACACGUAUGCUUUUGUGCAGUUUCCCACCUCUCAUUCUGUCAUACAGCAUCACGAUUACAUCCUCUCAUCGUGCCAUCCUCUGUCACACCCAACCACCAUCUCACAUUGUCAUACACACAGUCACCCACUGAUACACAGAUUUGCCUACACAGUGGUGCGAUCACACAUGCGCCCAUCCGUUCAUUUAUCCUUCAUUCCUGGCACGCUGUCCGUCUGUUCUGUCCCCUGCCAGGGACAGAAUCCUGCGGGUACAUGCACCAGCAUCUUGGAGCUCACAGAUAUUAACCAAUAACCUCUCCACACAGGGAGCAUUGAGGCAGUCAGGGAGGCCGCCCCUGAGGAGCUGAGGCGUGAGGAGGGGAGAAGUCCAAGACUCGCGGGAGGGGGUGGUGGAGCAGGCCGAGGCCAGACCCAGCAGGACUUUUCAAAGCUGUACUCUGAGAGCGAGGGGGCGCUCAAGGGGGCAGCUGCGAAGUUUCCGGUCAGUGCCCGCCUUCCUCCCUUCUGGCCCAAUCGGGAGGUUGCGGGAGGUGGGGCCCGCUGCCCAGGGCCAAGGGCGGGGCCUGCGGGGGCGGGGCCAGCCUGUAGCUCGCUGUCGGCUGCAGGGCGGAGCCGGCGGCGGAGGCAGCUGCCCCGGGGUGGGCCGCUGAAUCCCAGGCUCAUGUAAGUGGCGAAGGCUGGAACCACUGGCUGGCGGAGACGCCCACGCUCACUCGGCCUUAGAGAUUGGGACGGCCCUGAUUCGCAGUCUUCGGUCCCGCCCUGCGAGGUCCGGCCACGUGGUGGGCGGACCGCGGCAGUUCUGAUCCGGAGACCUCGCAAGACCUGCAGUCCCGCCCACAGUCCAGGGCGGACGCCGAGAGGGGAGCGCGGGCCCAAGACCAGCAGAGAGUGAGCUCACCACGGCAGGGCAGCGCCAUGGCCAGCAAGCGUCGUGAGGGCGAGCACCCAUCCGUGACGCUCUUCCGUCAGUACCUGCGCAUCCGCACCGUCCAACCCGAGCCCGACUACGGGGCUGCCGUGGCCUUCCUUGAGGAGAGAGCCUGCCAACUGGGCCUGGGCUGUCAGAAAGUGGAGGUGGCAGCUGGCCGUGUGGUGACUGUGCUGACCUGGCCAGGCACCAACCCCAGACUCUCUUCCCUCUUGCUCAACUCCCACACCGAUGUGGUCCCUGUCUUCAAGGAACAUUGGAGUCAUGACCCCUUUGAAGCCUUCAAGGAUGCUGACGGCUACAUCUAUGGCAGGGGCGCCCAGGACAUGAAGUGUGUCAGCAUCCAGUACCUGGAGGCUGUGAGGAGGCUGAAGGUUGAGGGCCACCAUUUCCCCAGAACCAUCCACAUGACCUUUGUGCCAGAUGAGGAGAUUGGGGGUCACCAAGGCAUGGAGCUGUUUGUGAAGCGGCCCGAGUUCCAGGCCCUGAGGGCUGGCUUCGCCCUGGAUGAGGGCCUGGCCAACCCCACUGACGCCUUCACUGUCUUUUACAGUGAGCGGAGCCCCUGGUGGGUGCAGGUCACAAGCACCGGGAAGCCAGGCCACGGCUCACGAUUCAUUGAGGACACGGCAGCAGAGAAGCUGCACAAGGUUGUGAGCUCUAUCCUGGCUUUUCGGGAGAAGGAGAGGCAGAGGCUGCAGUCAGACCCUCAGCUGAAGCAGGGGGCCGUAACCUCCGUGAACCUGACUAAGCUAGAGGGUGGUGUAGCCUAUAAUGUGGUACCUGCCACUAUGAGCGCCAGCUUUGACUUCCGCGUGGCACCAGAUGUGGACCUGAAGGCUUUCGAGGAGCAGCUGCAGGGCUGGUGCCAGGCAGCUGGCAAAGGGGUCACCUUCGAGUUUGCUCAGAAAUGGACAGAGCCCCGAGUGACAUCUACUGAUGAUUCAGACCCCUGGUGGGCAGCUUUUAGUGGGGUCUGCAAGGACAUGAACCUCACCCUGGAGCCGGAGAUCUUCCCCGCUGCCACAGACAGCCGCUAUCUUCGCGCGGUGGGGGUCCCAGCUCUGGGCUUCUCACCCAUGAACCACACACCCGUGCUGCUCCACGACCACGAUGAACGGCUGCAUGAGGCCAUGUUCCUCCGCGGGAUCGACAUAUACACUCGGCUGCUGCCUGCCCUGGCCAGCGUGCCCACCCUGCCCAGCGAAAGCUGAGCCCCGCGCUCUCCAACCUCCACCCCGAUCAGUGCCAAGGACCUUUCUUCCCCCCUGCCCAACAAUAAAGUCUGUGUGGACAGGGA